GCCUACAGGUUUAUUUACGCUAGAUGUCAUCUCAAGGAAUUUUUUCUGACAACAAUAAAUAACAAUGAGAAAAUACCGGUUGUAACUUGUAAAAGCAUCUGUUAGAUUAAAAAAAGCAAAUAUUUACCAAUACCAAUGUGAUUAGAGUGUAUUAAGCCUUUUAAAACCAAAAUAAUCUUUCCCAAAAACGUAAGAAAAUUUACUAACAAACACGUGUUUGUGUUAACAUAACAAAGUGAAAGAUUAGCGUAUGAAGUGUGUGUUCCAUAGUACCUACUGGUGAAGUGGUAUUGAUAAUGAAUAAUUCAAAGGAGAAUCAAAACGCAGAAACUCAGAGUUUUGCGUCUGUUGUCUCUGAUAAUGACGACUGUAUGUCAGCUUAUGAGGAAGAAUCCGAUAUCACGGCUGCAGUCGAGCGAGAUAAAGUCACCGCACAACUUGCUGCUGCAGGCCCAGUUGGUGUAGCAGCAGCAGCAGCAAUUGUUUCAGCGAGAAAAAGAGAAAAGUUGCAUUCUUUUGAGACCAAUCCUAUGAUCCGUAAGAGGCAAGAAACUAGACUGCUAAUGAACUUAGGAAAAACAAUUGACGAAUUUGCAAUCAGAGUUGGUAAGCAGGCUGUAGUACUAGUAGCUACACCCAAUAGUUAUAAUGUCUUCGGUGCCAAACCUCUGGAAGACGUAAUUAGGAACCAUAGGGAUAUGAUCAUGGAUGAUCUGGACAAUGCACUUGCAGCUCAUGCUCUGCCACUGAUUAAGCAAGAACCUUUACUUUUCGAUCUACCUCCACUAAUCAUUGAUGGGAUUCCUACACCUCUUGCAAAAUUUAGUCAAGCACAGCUGCGAGCAUUUAUUCCUUUAAUGCUUAAAUUUUCGACAGGAAGAGGAAAGCCUGGUUGGAGCAGAGAAUCUAUGAGACCACUGUGGUGGCCUGAACAGCUACCUUGGGCAAACAUCAGAAUGGAUUGUAGAAGUGCAGAAGAAAAAGAAAAGAUAUCUUGGACACAUGCCCUCCGACAGGUUGUUAUAAACUGUUACAAAUUUCAUGGAAGAGAAGACCUCCUCCUUGAGUUUCCAGAAGAAGAUAAAAAGAUCAACCAGGCAACAAAAGCUGAGGCUGAUGCUACUAUGCAGUGUACACCAACAGUACUUCAUCCUAUUACCAACUCAGAUGGCAUAUACACUGCUGUACAAGUUGAUCCUAAUAACCCCAUUAUCACAUUACCAGACAGUACUACUACCAAUUUCCAUUUCAUGGUAAUGGGUGAUGGAAACCAGGUUCAUUAUAUUCAAACAAUUACAGACGGUGGUCCCAUGGGUGAAUACAUCAACUUGAAUUCUGUCACAAAGGCUACCUUAAAUUCCGAAGGGCAUAUUACGUUGACAAGAGAAGAUGGACAUGUUAGCAGUAUUAUCAAAGUACCGGCUCCAGAUUAUUGCUCUAUGGUGGCUAAGCUCCAGGCUUUUCAGACAAAUAGUGAUGGCACGAUUUUUGCUACUAGGAUUUUUGAACUAUUAAAAGAGGAACAUGAUUCAAAUAAUAACGGACACGUUAACACUAACCUCCAAUGAGAUUCAAAGCCAUUUUAUGAUGAUUCAGGAUGCAACAGUGUUGACAAAGACAAUGCAAUGCUUGACUGAUGGUAACAGCGAAGAAACUAUUAUAAUUAAACAAGAGCUUUAAAUUUUUUAACUAACUAUUUAUGUGUAUUUUUUUAGGAUAUCUGUUUAUUAAACUUUUAACUAAGGAU